GCAGGAACCCAAUCUCCCCAGCUGUCUGCUUGCGUUUGUUCCCUGCCGUGAACUUACUUGACCCUACCUUGCUGCCCACCUAAAGACUCAACAUUAAUGGAAAUGUUGGUCCAGUAGGAGCUCAGCAUAGUUGUGACCAUGCCCUGGAGAUUGACCAGUCAUUCACGGGCCUAAAACACCUGACCCAGGUUUUGAUGUUUAUAAAUAGCAGCAAUGCAGGCAGGAGGAUCUAGGGUCAGGGAGGAAUCCCUAGGCCUGGCUGAGUCUUGACUCUGCUGACUUCUUUCCUGUCUGUUGAAUCUGACCUUCUGCCUCCAGAGACAGGGUCUUCCUAUGUAGUCCAGGCUGGCCUUGAAUCACUAUGUUGCAACAAUCCUGCUAAGCCUCCAAGUACUGGGAUUGCAGAUGUGCACCACCAUGCUAGCUGCUGCUGACAUUUUAAAAGGGAUCAGGACAAACUAAGAACCUGGGACCCAUUUGGCUGGUCUUCUCUCAAGCCCUUGAAGCAGGUGGUUCAGUACUUCAGUGACCAAGGAUAUGAGUAGAGAGAAGGAGGAGGACUUUUUCAGGAUACUCAGGAUUUACGAUGAACAAGAAGAGAAAGGAGAUAUGCCGGAAAGCUCUGGUAUUUCUUCUCAGCACGAGCAACCAAUGCAGGACAUCCUGGGCAGUCAUCACGGACCAUCCCAGGUGCUCCCACAUCCCCUAACAUCGCAGCUGGGCCCUGUUUACCAAGAGCUGAGGACUAUGACUCCAGAGCAGCAGCACUUCUGGGCCCUAGAUACCUCUGAGCUCCAGGCCACGUGGUUUUCAGAAGGGGCGAUGGGUAAAGUGGUCCAGGCUGGCCCAAGCCUCCCACCAGGACCUGUGCUCGGCCAGCCCUGCUCUUCGUUCUCUCCCCUCAGUGAAGCCUGGUCACUUCUCAGAGCAACUCCUCCCAUUCUAGAUAAAGCAGUGGUCUGCCAGAGGACCCCACGGGCUGCCUGGAGUGUUGGCACACUCCACCAUGGAAAGAAAGUCUCUGCCAUUGCCAUCAGUGGUUUAACACACCACAUGUACACAUGUGGCUCUGGCUACAUUAGGGUGUGGGAUGAGAGUGCUGUGCAGGCCCUGGACACGACCCCUCUGGCUCAGCUGGACUUUCAGGACCCUCACCACUGUGUCCUCACCUGUAAGCUGUUUCCUGAUGAGCAGAGCCUGAUCACAGGGGGCAGAGCCCAGACCCUGACUCUCUGGGACUUGGUGCCCACACCCCGGGUCCGUACACAGCUGGCUUCUACAGGCACCCUGUGCUAUUCCCUGGCCAUCUCCGCUGAUGCCCAUAUCUGCGUGGCUUGUUUCAAAGGAUUUGUGGAGAUCUGGGACUUGCAGAACCAAAUCUUGAUCAGGAAACACGAGGUCCCUUCCUAUGGGUCCCGCUGUGUUGACAUCGCAGGCAAUAAGUUCUGGACUGGAGGUGAAGACACCACCCUGUACUCCUGGGACCUGAGGAGCAACCAAAGGCUGCAUGAGUACAGCCUGCAGAAUGAGAUCCUCAGUAUCACUCAUGAUCCCACUGAGGAGUGGCUGUUAAUGGGCUUAAGGAACAGUAAUGUCGUAAUCCUACACACUCAUCGCAUGGAGAAGUUCAAGGUUCCCAUCCAGAGAUACUGCAACUUCCACAACCUCAAGUUUGCUUCCUGUGGGAGCUACUUUGUGAGCACAGUGGAUGAGACGAUCCAAUGCUUAGCAGCACCUUCUCUGCAAAGGUUGCUCCAGGCUCCAAAAGAAGUGCCACAGUUUACCGGCUCUUAUACUGAAGGUCACCUCCGUGGCCUUGCCUUUGAAGACCCAGAGAAGCCUUGUGUGACCUCGGGGUGCUGCACAGCUUCAGCCCCUGCCACCUCCUGAGCCUCAGCCCUAGGGCUGGUCCCCCGUGCCUGGCACUUCCAGCCUGACCUCUGGGUUUUUAUUUUAGGUCUUAGGGUUUUUGUUACUUUUGUACCACUGAUUUCAAGGCAACUUUUGGGAUGUGACCUUCAUAAUUAAUAAAAUAGCAAAGCAGACAUCAAGACAGCCCGGAUAUGUAUCCAUU